AUGGGCGGUGGUGAGCACCCUCCGGUGGACGGGGGGCGCUCAGGCCUGGGGAGGGGGCCCCGUAUUCUGGGCUGCUCUGGAAGGACCGACUCCGGUCUCCAGGGCUCGGCAGGACCAGAGGCCACCCUGGGGUCUCAGGGACCGAGGGUCCCCAAGGAACCAGAUCGGGGUCUGGAGAAGGGACCAACGGUGAGACUCGACCCGGCCCUCCCACCCCUUCCGGGGCUGCGCGGGGCCAGAGCCGGUUCGGGCCUCGCGGGCUCGUCACCCUGUGCGGACCCCGCCCCGCCGCCGCAGGCCCGGGCCCAGCUUAGGGUCGCCUCCCGCCCGCUUCUGCCUCGCGCUCCCCCCCCCCCCGCCCCCACCGCCUGGCUCAGCUGCUGGGCCGGGGGACCGGGAUGCGACCACCUGCCGGAGGCUCCACCCUCCGCCCGGGCCCUUUCGGCCCCUCGCUGCGUCUUCAUUUCUAGCCCGGCGGGCGCCAGCCCCAGCCUCCCGGUGCGCGCCCACAUUCCGCCGCCCGGCCUUACCAGCCACGGGCCUCGCUCGGAACCGCGGCGGCCGCUCCAGGGACCGCUGCCGAGCGGGAAGGACGGAGCUGCGGCGGAGACUGCACGGAGCGCCGAGCGCCGACCGCCAAAGCGCCGACCGCGGAGCCUGGCUUUUGCGUGA